UUGAUUUCUACCAGCAAAAAAGCAACAGGAAGAAGAGGGGAGAGACAGAGACAUACACAUAGGGAUAGAGAUAGUGGUGGGAGUAGUGCGCCCCUCGAUGCGAGCGUGAGAAAGAAGAUCGCCAUUGAAUUGAAUGAGCUCUCUCUUUUUACGCUUGUUUUCCAUUUCACUUUUGUUUUCUCGAGAAACAAACACCGGCGAACCUUUCGUGAUAACUGAAUCAAACUCGUGAUUUGGCGGUUGGAUUUUUUCCCGGGGAAGUCCUGCGAGAAAAUUUCAACUUCGAUUUCGCAAAUGGGGAAAGGUGGCCAAGACUACGGUAAGCAAGAAAUCAUUAGCCGAAGACAGACUGAUCCAGAGGCUUUCCCUGCUUGGGGUAAAGAUGUUCAGGAGUGCGAGAAAUACUACCGAGUGAACCGGAGAUUGGGCCUGUCGACAGCCGAAGUCGAAGAGAGGCGUAAGAUCUAUGGUUUCAAUGAGUUGGAGAAACACGAAGGCCCAUCGAUUUGGAGUUUAGUCAUCGAACAAUUUAAUGACACUCUAGUUCGGAUCUUACUCGUUGCGGCGGUUAUUUCCUUUGUGCUUGCUUGGUAUGAUGGUGACGAAGGCGGUGAAAUGGGAAUAACUGCGUUUGUUGAGCCUCUCGUCAUAUUCUUGAUUCUGAUUGUUAACGCGAUCGUCGGGGUUUGGCAAGAGAAUAACGCCGAGAAGGCUCUAGAAGCGUUAAAAGAGAUUCAAUCGGAGCACGCGGCGGUGAUUCGUGAAGGGCGUAAGAUCCCUGACUUGUCUGCGAAAGAGCUUGUGCCGGGUGAUAUCGUGGAGCUUAAAGUAGGCGAUAAGGUGCCUGCGGAUAUGCGAGUAGUGGAGCUGAUUAGCUCGACGCUGAGGGUGGAGCAGGGAUCGCUCACUGGAGAGAGUGAGGCCGUGAAUAAGACCAACAAGGCAGUCUCCAGUGAUGCUGAUCUUCAAGGGAAGAGAUGCAUGGUUUUUGCAGGGACGACUGUUGUGAAUGGGAAUUGCUUAUGUUUGGUCACGCACACUGGCAUGGAUACUGAAAUUGGUAAGGUUCAUGCGCAGAUUCACGUGGCGUCACAGAGCGAGGAGGAUACACCAUUGAAAAAGAAGCUGAAUGAGUUUGGGGAGGUGCUAACUAUGAUAAUUGGAGUCAUAUGCGUGUUUGUGUGGCUGAUUAACGUUAAAUACUUCCUUACUUGGGAGUAUAUUAAUGGAUGGCCGAGAAACUUUAAGUUUUCUUUUGAGAAAUGCACGUACUAUUUCGAGAUUGCCGUGGCAUUGGCUGUGGCCGCAAUUCCUGAAGGUUUGCCGGCAGUAAUCACGACGUGCUUAGCUCUUGGCACCCGUAAGAUGGCUCAAAAAAACGCCCUUGUGCGUAAGCUCCCCAGUGUUGAAACCCUAGGUUGUACGACGGUGAUUUGUUCUGAUAAGACCGGAACUCUGACUACCAAUCAGAUGGCUGUGGCGAAACUUGUAGCCAUGGGUCGCACGGCUGAUAGAUUCAGGAGUUUUAAGGUUGAUGGAACCACAUAUGAUCCCCGCGAUGGGCAAAUACAUGACUGGCCUACAGGUCGCUUGGAUGCUAAUCUUCAAAUGAUUGCGAAGAUAGCUGGCGUUUGCAAUGAUGCUGGUAUUUCUCAGUCAGAGCAUAAGUUUGUAGCCCAUGGAAUGCCUACUGAAGCAGCUCUAAAGGUUCUAGUUGAGAAAAUGGGCCUUCCGGAAGGGGCAACCGGCUGCAAUGAUCUUCUACGCUGUUGUCAGUGGUGGAAUGAAUAUGCACGUCGGGUUGCUACUCUAGAGUUUGAUCGUGAUAGAAAGUCCAUGGGUGUUAUCGUCGACUCCCGUGCAGGCAAGAAAUCACUCUUAGUGAAGGGUGCUGUAGAAAAUUUAUUGGAGAGAAGCACAAAGAUGCAGUUGCUUGAUGGUUCUGUUGUCCCCCUCGAUCAACAUUCGAGGGGGCUUAUCCUAGAAGCACUUAAUGAUAUGUCUUCCGGUGCAUUAAGAUGUUUGGGUUUUGCAUACAAAGAUGAGCUGCCUGAAUUUGAAACCUACGAUGGUAGUGAAGAUCACCCUGCUCAUGAGCUUCUUCUUAAACCAUCCAACUAUUCAUCAAUUGAAAGUGGACUAACUUUUGUUGGUUUGGUUGGACUGAGGGAUCCUCCUCGGAAAGAGGUUUACCAGGCAAUUGAGGAUUGCAGAGCAGCUGGCAUCCGUGUGAUGGUGAUAACAGGAGAUCACAAGAAUACGGCUGAAGCUAUCUGUUGUGAGAUUGGUGUAUUUGGAAUUAGUGAAGACAUCAGUUCAAGGAGUUUAACGGGAAAAGAGUUCAUGGAGCUGCAUAAUCAGAAAGCACACUUGAGACAAAGUGGUGGGCUUUUGUUUUCUAGGGCUGAGCCAAGACACAAACAAGAGAUAGUGAGGUUGCUGAAAGAAGAUGGAGAGGUUGUUGCCAUGACUGGUGAUGGAGUAAAUGAUGCACCUGCCUUGAAACUGGCUGAUAUUGGGAUUGCAAUGGGCAUAUCCGGCACAGAGGUUGCAAAAGAAGCAUCAGACAUGGUGUUGGCAGAUGAUAACUUCAGUACAAUAGUGGCUGCUGUUGGGGAGGGUAGAUCUAUCUACAAUAAUAUGAAGGCUUUUAUCAGGUACAUGAUCUCUUCAAAUAUUGGUGAGGUUGCCUCAAUUUUUUUGACGGCGGCUUUAGGUAUCCCUGAAGGCCUGAUUCCUGUCCAGCUUCUGUGGGUCAAUCUUGUUACUGAUGGACCACCUGCAACAGCAUUAGGAUUCAAUCCUCCAGACAAAGAUGUAAUGAAGAAGCAGCCUCGUAGAAGUGAUGAUUCACUUAUCACUGCGUGGAUUUUAUUCCGCUAUCUGGUAAUAGGUUUGUAUGUGGGGAUAGCUACCGUUGGCAUAUUUAUCAUCUGGUAUACACAUGCUUCCUUCUUGGGAAUUGACCUGAGUGGGGAUGGGCACACCCUUGUCACCUAUUCUCAGCUUUCCAACUGGGGACAAUGUUCAACAUGGGAGAAUUUUUCUGUUUCACCCUUCACAGCUGGGAAUCAGGUCUUCUCUUUCAGUAAUCCCUGUGAUUAUUUCCAGGCUGGCAAAAUAAAAGCAAUGACACUCUCCCUUUCUGUGUUGGUUGCUAUUGAAAUGUUCAACUCCCUCAAUGCCCUUUCUGAGAAUGGAAGUCUCUUAACAAUGCCUCCAUGGGUCAAUCCUUGGCUCCUUGUAGCCAUGUCUGUCUCAUUUGGCCUACACUUCCUUAUCCUAUAUGUCCCAUUCUUGGCUCAAGUAUUUGGGAUUGUACCUCUAAGCUUCAACGAGUGGCUGCUGGUUUUAGCUGUUGCAUUGCCAGUUAUAUUAAUUGAUGAGGUGCUAAAAUUUGGGGGAAGAUGUGCUAAUGGAGCUCAAAGAUCUGCCAGAAGGAUAUCUUCAAAACGCAAGUCAGAUUGAGGCCACAAUUCAUCAUAAGUUCAUGCAAGAUUCUAAUACGUUCAUGCAGGAGUUGUUUUGUCCUGGUGCCAAGUGAAAUGGUAAUCUUACACGGGCAAAUUUUUAUCAGUUUUGUUAGUCGACAGACCUAUAAUCCUCAGCCCAUUUAUUGCAAACGGAUAUUCUGGGGUGCCAGGAACUGGCAGUGUUUUCCCUCCCCACACCCACUAAGUUUUAUGAAACAAAACUCAUUCUUUUACUGUUAGAGGAAUUCAACAAAUUUUGCAGUUCAACUGUGUUCAACUUGCUACUUGGUUGACUUGCCGAGGGAAAAGACUUACCAAAGAUAGGUUCUUCAAGAAUUCAAUUUGCUGACAGCUAAUUUUAUUCAUUCGUGCGAUUGACUUCUGCUUCCUUUGUUGCCAGUUUUAGAUCUUGUAGCAACUCAACAUGGAGCUCCUAGCUGUUACAUUGGGAAUGCCUGUUUUAGCAGCUCGACAAAUCACUGAUUGCGGUCACACUAAACAUCAUAUAUUGAAAUGCCUGCUAAAGUAACCUUCCUAAACAUCAGAUCAUAAUAGCUCUAAACACAUAUGUUAUACAAAUGGUUUUUCUUUGUAUUUGCAUGGGUUGCUUUAAUCAGGAGCUGCACUCUUGAGAAGGAUGAGCUUAAAUAAUUUGAUGUCAUCACCUAUUACCAGAUUUAGCCAUAUGGUUUAGCUUAAACCGAAUCUUCCAUGCUUCACGGUACAGCUUGCUUCUUGGGUUUAACUAAACUAUUAGAUCAUGUCCGAAGCCAAUCAAGUUGAUAAAUUUCCAGACGUUUCUAACACCUUGGUUCAUGUCAGUAUUUUUGAUUGUGCAAGAAAUGUUUCCAUGGA